AUGGCCCCCAACAGUGGGCAACGCAUCGCGUUCUUCCCCAAGGCGGAUGCUGCCAUUCUGACGUCGAAGCGUGCGCCCCCGCCAACUCGCCCGGAGAUCGUGGAACCCAUCUUCGAUCGGGAAAAUGUCGAUCAGCCGAUCGGGUCAUGGCCCUCAGACGUCGAAACGAACUUCUAUCCCAAGACAGAGCCUUAUGCGCCGGCAGAAAUCCCCGAAAAGCCACCCGGGAUCGCCGGUCGAUACCUGCGUGCCUUCCUCUCCGAAAAUGAACGACUGAGAUUGUCCAUGAUGUGGUACUAUACACGUGACAUUCUCAAGGAGGAUGAGUUUCUGUCCGGACUCCAGGAGAAAGCGCAUCUUGCCCAAGAGUCCACGGGUUGGAAAUUCUCCAUCAUCGGCAUUCUCGAUGUCAACGUUUAUAUCCGCUUGGCCACAGUGGGGCUUGAGUUAGGCAUCCUUCCGCGUGGGGAAACUAUUUGCGCCCAUACGGUGACUCAACCUCCUGGUAGCGUAUUUCUUCUACCCAACAUGAUGGAGGAUUGGAGAUUCCGAGAGUCGCCAUACCUCGAGCUCGGCGGCCUUCUCGCAUACGCUGGCGCACCACUUCGUUUGCAGAACGAGAACGGGGAUUGUGUUGGUCUUGGCUCCCUCUGUGUGGCCUCAAGCAAAAGUGAAGAGCCUUUGACAGCAUCGCAGCAACAGGCCUUGAUUCGCCUAGCCGACUGGGUCGUAUCCGACCUUAUUCAAUGUGCAAGAGCAAGACGCCAGCGAGAGCGACGUCAAAUGUCCGAACUCCUUGUCAUAGCACAGAAGGAAAUCGAGGACACAGUCUCUGAUGCGCCAGUUCUCAAGAUAUUGAAAACCGCGUACCCCAAUGCACUAAUAAGACUACAACCGUCCAUAUCAAGCCAAAUCGAGGUUGAAGGGCGCGAUCCGAUACCAAUAUCGGACCUUGAAGAUGGCUUAUGGGAAGACCACGACUACUUCGACGAUUUCAUUGCAAAUUACAACCACCUUGAUCCCCCGUCUGAUAGGGUAAUACGCAUAAUUACCGCCCCAUGCGAAUCCAUAUCGGGAUCAUCUUUACUAGUCGUGGCAUCUAAGGAUGCCCGCAUGGUGUUUGACGAUGUGGAUUCAUGGUUUGUUCAAACUUGUGCGGGUAUGCUCUCCCAGAUGUGGCGCAAAAGUCUUUUGAUAGAAGCAAUAAAAGCGAAAGAGAGGUUCCUCCAGGGCAUUUCUCAUCAGCUCCGAACGCCAAUUCACGGCAUCCUUGGCUCUGUGGAACUGCUAGCCGAGGAGCUCCAGUCGCGGAACUCCAAAGAGUCCGCCAUCUCGCUAUCGGAAUUGAUGAAGGGAAACCCUCCGACUAAUCCACGUGAACCUUCCACGUACCUCAACAUAAUUAAGACGGCGGGUCGGGAUUUGACUUCGAUCGUCAACAACCUAAUUACCUUGAACAGAUGGGCAGACAUUGCCAUGACAGAACGGGAGUAUGACCUGCAUACUGUUGAUGAGCUCGAGGCCGAGAUUGAAAACGAGAUUUUAAAGCUGACUUUGGGGGACGCACGAUACAAGACCUCUGUUUCUUUUACUCAACACUUGCCGCCAGGCUUUGAGAGCUUCCGGGGUGAUCUCGGCGUACUUCGAGACAGCAUCGCUCCGUUGAUCAUCAACUCGAUCCAAAAUACACCUGAAGGUAUUGUAUCAAUAGCCAUUUCAAUACGUCCGGACUGCAGACAACUUAUUGUCGACGUCAAGGACAAUGGCCAAGGUAUCCACCCCGAUAAUCAACAACGCAUAUUUGAACCAUACGAAAAAGUCAAUUCGCACAUGGCGGGUGCUGGACUGGGCCUAACUCUAGCAUGCAAAUUUGCAACACUACUUCACGGAUCUGUCAAUCUGAUUUCAUCGGAUGUUGGCCGCGGUUCCCACUUCCGAGCCACAUUUUGUGAAGUUCAAUUCAUUUUCUCAUCUCCACCCCAGUCACUGACUCCGAAAUUGAUUAAUCUAUCCUCGAAAUACUUCAACUUGGUGACUGACUCUGAUGGCGUAUCGGUGUCAUGUCGAAAUUUUGCGGACUUUCUUACUCGCAAUUCUUUCACUGCCUCAGACAGUAUCGAAGACUGUAUUGUCCUUCUUGAUGCUGUGCCCGACCCAGAAAUGCACCGCAUGCAUUUAUCUCAAAUCCCAGUUGGACAAGUUGCUAUCUGCAUUGUUCCUGACUCAGAACAAGAGCCGUCUUUUGAACAUAGUGCAAAUAAUGUUGUCUAUGCCCGCGGGCCUUUUUCGAGGUCAAUAAUGUGCUCAGCACUUGUAAGAGCACAGGCUAUUUUCGUGAAGACGGUAGUCUCCCACUCGGGCUUACUGGAGCCCGAUCAAACCUAUCUCGCGGCCUCGUCUGAGCAAUCCGCCAUAUCUGCCCCUUAUAAUCCCGGGUCAGACGAAACCAUAGAUGAAACUGCACCACCAGCAUCCCAACCCGAUGCAGCAGAUCUUAUGGGCUUGACAAUAGCCACACCAUUCUUCCUCGAUCUCACAAGCUCCUCUAGGCCCACAGCUCUAAUAGUCGAUGACAAUGCCAUCAAUCUUCGCAUCGUAGAGAUGUACUGCAACAAAAGAGGAUUGCCAUCAUAUUCCGCCAUCAACGGCUGUGAAGCCGUUCAGAUCUUCUCACAGUGUCAAUCACUUUCUGUUGCUGGCAAGGGUGCUCCAAUUGGGUUGGUCUUCAUGGACUUACAAAUGCCUGUGUGUGAUGGUAUCGAAGCGACCAAGCAAAUACGACUUUUGGAGCAACGAAACCAAUGGGAAAGGAGCACUUUGUUCAUCCUGACUGGCCAGGAUAGUCCAUCGGACAGAGCUGCAGCAGAUGAUGCCGGCGCGGACGAAUACCUUGUGAAGCCUGUCGUCAUCAAGCAACUGGACCGUUUUGUGAAACAAUAUUUUCCAGCUUUUGAAGCCUGUUAG